AAAAAAGAGAAACACUGGACCGAAUUUCACAACUUCCCCUCCUUUUCACUAUUUAUUGAGAGUAAAAUCGAUGAGGAGAUCGAACCCAGUCUUGUCUGGUCGUCCUUUUCAAUCUUUCGUCUUUCCUUUACUUGCUCCCCCUUACCACCAAGACCAAAAUCGCAUCUUUUGAUACUUCCACGUUGCAUAGAAACCACUGUCUGUUUCUUCUUUCUCCGAGUCCUAGCGGCUUUGUUCAGAGAAAUGAAUCAAGAGAUGAAUGGCGGUGAGCUGGAGAAUCAUGAAGAGAAAAUAGACUACGUGUUUAAGGUGGUGGUGAUCGGAGACUCAGCUGUGGGUAAGACUCAGUUGCUGUCCAGGUUCACUAAGAAUGAGUUCUGCUUUGAUUCAAAGUCCACCAUUGGCGUUGAGUUCCAGACCAGGACUGUCACCAUCAAAGGCAAAGUCGUUAAAGCCCAGAUCUGGGACACUGCAGGCCAAGAAAGGUACCGAGCAGUUACAAGUGCAUACUACAGAGGAGCAUUGGGAGCCAUGGUAGUCUACGACGUCACCAAGAGACCAACCUUUGAUCAUGUGGCUAGGUGGGUGGAGGAACUCCGGGCCCACGCUGACAAUUCAAUAGUGAUCACUUUGAUUGGAAACAAGGCUGAUCUGAUGGACCAAAGGGUGGUUCCAACAGAAGACGCGGUGGAAUUUGCGGAGGAUCAAGGCCUAUUUUUCUCUGAGACAUCAGCUCUGAGCGGAGACAAUGUUGACAAAGCAUUUUUGAGGCUGCUAGAGGAAAUUUAUGGUGUGAUAUCUAAGAAGGCAUUGGAGUGUGGCGACAAAAAAUCCAACGGUGCUGAUGCUGCAAUGUUGAAAGGAUCUAAGAUUGAUUUAAUUUCUGGGUCUGAUUUAGAGAUUAGUGAGAUGAAAAAACUAUCCGCCUGCACUUGUUAGUUUUUCCAGAAUGGCAAAUAUAUAUUGAAUUUCUCAUUGCAUUUGCAGUGAUGUUAGAGU